AGGCGGGCGCUGAUUGGCCCCGCUCUGUCCCCGCACGGAGAGGGAUCCGCGCCGCGCCGGGGCCGGUCCGGGGCCGGUCCCGCCAUGGAGGAGCCGGGCUGCGGGGCGCAGUUCCGCGCCGCCGUGCAGGUGAUCCAGGGGCUGCCGCGGAGUGGUGCGUACCGGCCCUCCUACGAGGAGAUGCUGCGCUUCUACAGCUACUACAAGCAGGCGACGGCGGGGUGCUGCCAGGGCCCGCGGCCCGGCUUCUGGGACCCCAUCGGCCGCUACAAGUGGGAUGCCUGGCACAGCCUGGGCAGCAUGUCCAAGGAGGAGGCGAUGGCCGCGUACGUGGCGGAGAUGAAGAAGGUGGCCCAGAAGGUCAUUGACACCGUGCCCAUGGACGAGACCACGGAGGAGAUGUUCCGCUACUUCGAGCCGCUCUACGAGGUGAUCCACGACAUGCCGCGGCCCCCCGAGUCCUUCUUCAAGAACAAAGGGGAGCACCGGGGGCAGCCGGAGGGCCCCAGCCAGGAUGGCUCAGCCAGCACAGAGAGCCCCACAGACACCGUGCCUGGGGAGCAGCAGGACGGGCAGCGCGUGCCAGCAGUGCCUCAGUUUCCCUCUCCUGCCUUGCCCUGGGACUGCACAUCCCCUGUUCCACCUGCUGCCCUCCGGACACAGCCAGGCGCCCCUGCCCUGCCCGGGGCUCAGCCCUGUGCUUCCCUUCCAGGAGCUGGGCUGGCUCCUGCCCCUGAGGCACUCGAGGGCAGCCAGGUGAUGAGUGACUCUGAGGGGGACACGUUCUGUGACACCCUGGAGCAGAUGGAGCCUGAGAAGGCCGGGCAGGUGCGGGGGCUCACCCCAAACAGGCUCCAGGCUGGGGCUGAGCCCCCGGUGCCCCGCAGUGCUGGGCAGGGCGAGCGGGGUGAAGGCAGAAGAGCCGAGGGGAGCAGCAGCAGCACGGACCUCACAGCCCUGGGCUCUGAGAGAGAUGUCCAGCUGGCCGGGGGGGACCCCGAGAGCACCCCGGAGCUGGCCCCGGGGCUGGCGGUGGAGCUGGAGGCCCACGUGGCCAGCACAGUGCGAGCACUGCAGGAGGAGCUGUGGCGAGUGCAGGAGCGGCUGAGCCGGCUGGAGAUGCUCGGCGCUGCCCAGGGCCUGGAAGGGGGGUACCAGCCCCACCUGCACCCCAAACCCUCUCCUGUCUUGCAGGAGGACACAGCUGGGACAGACCCCGGCCUGGCACCUGCUCCACAGGCGAUGUCCCCACGGCACCUGGCUGUGUCCCCGCGCACGCUGCUCUUCCUGGCCACCUGGCCCUUCGUCACCCAGUGGCUGCUGCGCCUCUGGCAGGGCAGGAAGAGGUGACCACCGCGUCCCCGCCGCCACUGCCGCCCCUCCUUGCCCAUCCCGCUUCGCACGAGCCGGGGAAGCGCCACGGAGCCACGCGGGGAUCGCCUCACCAGCCACGGGGCUCUGCGGGCCGGGCCCCCGGGCACCGGCACCCACACGCAGGACCAGGAGCGGGGCUGGCACCGCCCGCACGGAGCCCGGGCGGCCGCCCCGCCGCUGCCACGCACAGACGGACCAGGCCCGGCCACCGGGGUCACGGCGUGCUGGGACAUCACCGAACCUGCCUCAAUUAAAGUCGCCUUUUUGGUUCA